UAGAAGUAAUAUUUUUUUUACGUUAGUAAAAUUUUGCAAUGGCCAAAGUGAAAACUUAUGAAUUGGUGGCCCCGGAUGGUGGCUAUGGUUAUAUUAUUUUAACAUGUGUUUUUGUAAAUUUGUCAAUGUUUAGCGCAUAUAUGAAUUGCUAUGGAAUUAUAUACAAAGACUUUUUUAGUGACUUAGGAAUGGAUUCCACAAAUAUAACAUCAUUAAACGGAAUAAAUUCAAUCAGUUCAGCAAUAGGAAGUUUAAUGACCUCAUUUUUUCUAAAGAGGCUGUCGAAACGGAAAAUGGCCCUAAUUGGAGCUACUCUAUGGAAUUCUGGACUGUUUUGUACAGUUUUUGCUCAAUCUAAAAUAAUUUUGUUUAUAUUCCAAGGCGUUGUUCAGAAUCUCGGGCAGGGCAUAAUAUUUAACAUUUCAAGCACGGCUCUUAAUGAUUACUUUGUUAAAAAACGAAGUCUAGCAGUUAGUGUUUCACAAACAUUAUUAGCGGUUCUAUGUCUCGUCGCUCCUCAAUUCUUUAAAUGGUCCAUAAAUAUCUUCGGACAUCGGAACAGUUUAAUAUGGUUUUGCGCUUUAUCUAUACAUAUGUUCAUUGCUGCAACUCUUUUGCAACCAGUUUCGUGGCACAUGAAGAAGAUUGAGAUCUCACCAAAGGAGCAAGAAUUAAAAAUACUAUUAAAUGAGAAUAAUAUUAACCACACAACAAAUGCACUUACUGACCAUACCAGUAUUGAUGUAGAUAGACUACAAAAUAUCACAGAAAAUAGCAAACAAAAAGAGAUUGGGGGCUUUUGGAAUGACUUGAUAGAUUUUAAGCUUGUAAAAAGUCUCAUGCUAUCAAUAGAGAUUGGAGGUGCCACAUUAGUAAUGACUAUAGAAUUUAUAUUUUUGAUGAUUCUUCCACAAGGCCUUCAAUCGUGUGAGUUUAACUGGAGCGAGGACGAUACAGCGAUGGCGUUUACUUUAGUAGCUGUAGGUGAUUUAACCAUGAGGAUUCUUCUGAUAGUAUUUAAUAAACUGAUGAAUAAAUGGGGCUGUCGUUCAAUUUACGUGUUUGGAAUUAUGCUUGCAUUUAUAACGAGAAUAGGUAUUUUAACAUCCAGCAGCCAGAUUUUAAUCUAUAUUUUAUUGACACUAAUGGGAAUGUCAAGAUGCAUCAUUUUAGUUGUGAUCAUUCUAGUUAUUUCGGAAGCUGUAAAAGAAGACGAAUUCUCAGCAGCUAUCGGAAUCUUUAUGAUGGCGAUAGGAAUUCUUAAUCUUACGGUCGGACCAUUAUUAGGUGCUGUCAGAGAUUAUACAGACAGCUACAUAAUAACAUUUUACUUGAUGACAGCAAUCAUGGGCUCUGUAGGCGUUUUAUGGAUAUUGAAGAAUAUAUGUGUUAAGAAACGAAAAAGUUUACAGUAAAAUAAUAACAUUAGCUAGUUAAUUAUAUAUAAUUACCAAAGAUAUUUUAUUACAUAUUUCGAUUAAAUUGCAAUGCUUUGAAAUAUUUAUUUUGUAGAAAGUUGGUUAAAGUAAUUAAAAUUCAAUGUAAAUGAAGCAGAAAAAGAUAUUUAGAAUUGUCGUCACAGAGUUUUAGUCACCAAAGUUCUAGGUCAAUAACAAAUAAGAAUCGCAACAUACUUUUGGUAUAAUUUACAAUAUUAUGUCAACAUUUUGUUAUGUUUCAGUUACAGUAAACAUUCCAUACAAAUCGUAUACUACACGAAGCUUUUACGAAUGAUGUGUGGUUCAUAUCAGUUACUAUCGACUCUAAAAUGUAUUAUUGCAGUAACAGUAUUUGACUCCACGUUUUUAAUAAAAGGGACAAGAAAAACAAUUAGUAAAAAUGAGAGAAAGACAACCUACUGCCGUAGUAGAGUUUGAUAACUUAACUAAAUUUGCCAAAUACUGCGAAAAAAUCAUAGGUCGUUACUGAAUCACAUUUUACGCAAAUGAUCAUAAUAAAUCAAUCAAUUUUUAAUUUACUGAUACAUUUGUAAUACUAGACUCAUACUGUGAUUUAUUAUAAUAGUUUUUUAAGUCAAUAUAUUUGUAUGUAAAUAUAUUGUUUAAUGUUUUAAAACCUAAUUAUUACCAAUAAACAUAUAAGUAGUUUA